AUGUCCACUGCGACAGCGGCUAAGGUAGUGCAGUAUUUAGAAACUGAGGUAUUUCAUAUGUUUGGAGUACCAGAAUUUGUGCAUUCAGACAAUGGUAAACAGUUUGUGUGCGAAACCUUUAAGUCAUUUUUAGAGAAAUAUGGAGUAAUACAAGUCAGAACGGCGUUAUAUUCUCCACAAGCGAAUGCAGCAGAGCGUGUCAACCAGUCCGUAUUGCAAAUGUUAAGAUCAUAUUUGGGUACUGAUCAAAGGAAAUGGGACGAGCAUAUCAGUGAUGCGGCCUUUGCUUUGAGGAGUGCAAAGCACAGUUCAAUUGGAAUGGAACCAUACUUUGCGGUGUUCGGUGUGAACAUGGUUCAACAUGGCGCGGCGUAUGAUGUCAAUAGACAACUGCAAUUAAUGCGAUCUGCCGAGGUUAUGAACCUACAGCACUGUGAUAAGCAACAGUUAGUGAGAGAUAGGAUAAAUGUUGAAUUACAAAAUGCACAUAAGAGAGCCGAGAAGGUGUACAACACUCGAAGCAAACAGGUGCAAUUCCAAGUAGGGCAAAUUGUUUAUCGUAAGAACUUCAGACAGAGUAAACUGGCGGACGGUUACAAUGCUAAACUAGGACACAAAAAUGUUAAAUGCGUGGUAUUAAAGGCAAUAGGUAAUUCAUUGUAUGAGCUCGGCAACAGCCAAGGGAGAAAAGUAGGCGUCUUCCACGCUAAAGACAUAUUAAGUAAAUAA